AUAGGCGUAAGGCGUCGCCUCCCGGGCCCGGAUUCAAACGGGCGGCGGGCGCGGCUGCCGGUUUCCGUGGAGACGGGAAGGCCCGGCAGCGUCCAUGGAGCCGCGGCUGGUCGGGCCCGGGCCCUACCGAGCCACCCGGCUGUGGAACGAGAUCAUAGAACUUUUUCGUGCCGGGAUGCCUUUACGGAAGCAUCGGUGUCGGUUCAAAAGCUACGAGCGUUGCUUCAAAGCCUCGGAGGCGGUGGACUGUUUACAUGAACUGCUUGGCUCUAAUCAAAACUUUGGCCCAGAAGUGACCCGCAAUCAAACGGUUAAGUUGCUUAAAAAAUUCCUGAAAAACCACGUUAUCGAAGAUAUCAAAGGAAGAUGGGGCAAAGAGGACUUUCAAGAUGAUGGCCAUUUAUAUAGAUUUCCUCCUUCCUCACCACUGAAGCCAUAUCCAAAGAAACCUUCAUGUGGAAAAGAAGUAAUUAAGUUUCCAGAUUGGAAUGAACCGAAUGCGGGCACUUCCCAAGAACACAUCCCAGUGAAAUCAGUCACAAUGAACUCUGAGAUGUGGUACAAGCGACACAGUAUAGCUAUAGGAGAAGUACCGGCAUGCAAACUGGUGUUCCGCAGAGCGCUAACACAAGCACAUAUAGAAGAGAUAUGGAAAUCCAUGACUUUGUCACGAUUACAAAAGGUCUUGGGUUUAGAUUCCCUGGAUGAAGUGUUAGACACAAAGCUUGUGAAUUCAAAGCAUAUAGUCCAAAAUGCAUACAAUGUCAAUAAGCAAGGCAUUGUCACUUUAGAAGAUAAAUCAAAGGAACUACCUCACUGGAUAUUAUCAGCAAUGAAAUGUCUAGCAAAUUGGCCCAGCUGCUCGGAUUUGAAGCAGCCUACGUACUCAGGAUUUGAAAGAGAUGUCUUCAAAACUAUAGUGGACUACUUUGGCCAGAUGAAAGAACCUCUUCUCACAUUUCAUUUUUUUGAUGUUUUUGUUAGUGUGUUAGGUCUGCUGCAAAAACAUUGCAAGGCUGUAGAAGCUCUUCAGAUAUCUUGUCUCCUGCUGCCGCCAGAAAAUCGGAAAAGACUGCAGCUGUUGGUGAGGAUGAUGGCAAGAAUUAGCUUUAACAAGGAUUUGCCACCUCUUUCUGAAUCAGUGAGGACCAGAACCUUGAUGGUUCAGGCAUUUUCCCGUUGUAUUCUCUGCUCGAAGGAUGAAAUGGACUUGGAUGAACUGCUUGCUGCUAAACUAGUAUCUUUUCUCAUGGACAAUUAUCAGGAUAUCUUAAGUGUACCUUCUGCCUUAAAAUCUUCUAUAGAGGAGCAUGUUGUACAUCUCCAGAGAGUCCAAAUAAAAUAUGCUGGGGCUGAUACUGAUGCAACUUUUCCUCCUCCAUCAUUUUGUCACCAAAUCAGUACGGAUGAAUUUGAAUCCCAGAGGGCAACUGGCACUCAAGAACCCCUGGCAGCUUUAUUGGAGGAAAUUGCAAUGAAUAAAGAAAUAUCUCUGAAAGAUAAGAAGAAGAAGCUCAAGCAAUUUCAGAAAUCUUACCCUGAAGCGUAUAGAGUACGAUUUCCUACCCCUGAAAGUGAAGCGGUCCUAUUUCCAGAAAAAACUAAACAGAAACCACCAAUUCUGAUGUGGGCCUUAAAAAAGCCUUUUCAACCAUUUCACAGAACCAGAAGCUUUCGGAUGUAAAUGGUUUGAAAUAUAUCAGCGAACUAAGUCAGAGCGUGUUAUCAAUGGAUCUUAUACAAAAGGAGUCUGAGCAGCAUGUAGUUAUUCAAAAGACUGCUGGAUAUACUGCCAAGAUGGUAAAAAAGGUCAAAAGAAGAGGAAAGUAUUGAGGUGGUAGAAAUUUGAGCCAUUAUCAGUAUUUUUGUAAAUCAUUAUUAUUUUAAAUGUCUGUUAUUUAAAAAACAAACAAAGUCAAGGUGAUAAGCUGAAUGGGUGACAAAGUCCACUUGCUGUGGUUUGAUCUGACCAUCAUUUCAAGGUCUAAAUGUAUAUUUUUGUGUAAUGUAUUAUUGGUAACUAAUCAACAGCUUUUUUUCCCCUGAAAAUGAGUCUCUUGCAUAAGAUAAGCUGUGUUUGUUCACAUAGAGCUUGAGGAAUGAAUUUGCUCUACGUGCUUUAAAUAAGUAUGAAACACUGGAUUUUGUUUUGCUUUUGUACACCUUAGUGUUUUUGAUAUGUAAGAUUUAUUUUGGAAAACUGUAAAAACUCUCUUAAUUUUCUGAUUCAUGUGAUGCAUUACAGCUUGAGUCAACUCCUCUUGAAAUUCCAGUAACUUCUGUAGUGGUGACCCAUUUUUUAAAGCAGUUCAGUCUUUUAAGUCUUUUCCUGUAUGCUUUUACUAAAUAUUGCCAUACAAAAUUGGAUGCUUGACAAUAAAAUAUAUUUUUCCAGGAAAAUUUGAAGCCUUCCAUUUCCUCUGGAAAUGGAAUUCAAAUAUUGAAGAGAUACUGAAGCAUACAUGCCUUUAAUGAUUUCAUUUGUUUUGCAUUAUGAAAUCUACUGUACCUAUUACCUGACUGUGCAUAUAACUUGAUUUUGACAGUACUGUUGAUCUAUUAAAGCAUUACCGUCUUCAGAUA